AUGGUUAAACCAUCAAGAAGGGACUGGAGCAUUAAAUUGGAAGAAGCUCUAUGGGCCUACAGGACUGCAUACAAGACACCUAUAGGAAUGUCACCCUAUAGGGUAGUUUAUGGAAAAGCUUGCCAUCUCUUAGUUGAACUAGAGCACAAGGCCUAUUGGGCAAUUAAAGCAUGUAAUUUGGAUUUUGAAGUUGCUAUAAUGGAGAGGAAAUUGCAACUGCAAGAGCUAGAAGAAAUUCGAAUAGAGGCAUAUGAGAGCUCUAGAACCUACAAGGAGAAGAGUACAAUCAUUCAUGACAUGGGAAUUCUGAGAAAACAAUUUCAUGUGGGUGAUAAGGUUCUGUUAUUCAAGGCUAUGUUCAAGUUUAAACAUGGAAAAUUGAAAACCAAGUGGGAUGGGCCUUAUCUAGUCACCAAAGUAUACCCCUUUGGAAUGGUUGAAUUAACAGAUGAAAAAAGUGGCCAAAGUCUGAAAGUUAAUGGUCACUUAUUCAAGUUGUAUCAUGAGCACUUCCAUCCCCCAUGA